AUGAAUUCAAUUGAAAAUAAUAAUAAUAAAAAUAAUAAUAAAAAUAAUAAUAAGAUUUGGUUAAUCACAGGAACAUCAAGUGGCAUUGGUUUAGAAUUAGUAAAGAAGUUGUUAACAUAUGGUUAUAAAGUUUCAGCAUUAACUCGUAGACCAGAAGAGAUUGAAAAAGAGAUUAAAGAAAUUCAAUUUGAAAAAGAUAAUUUAUUAAUUGUUAAAACUGAUAUUACAAAUAAUGAAUCAGUAAAGAGUGCAGUAGAAGAGACUAUUAAACAGUUUGGUAGAAUUGAUGUAUUGGUGAAUAAUGCUGGUUAUGGUUUGGUAGGUUCAAUCGAAGAGUUAUCAGAUUCAGACGUUAGAAAGAUAUAUGAUGUAAAUGUAUUUGGUGUUUUAAAUUUAUUAAGAAAUUCAACACCACAUUUUAGAAAACAAAAAUCAGGUUUAAUAAUUAACAUAUCCUCUCAAAUGGGUUGGGAUAAUAUGGAAUAUUAUUCAGCAUAUAGUUCAACUAAACAUGCAGUUAAUGCAAUUACAUUCUCUGCACAAAAAGAGUUAAAAGCAUUUGGAGUGAAUGUAAUAUUAGUUAGUCCAGGUGGAUUUAGAACUGGUUUCGUUGCUGGUCAACAAUCAAACUUUCAAGUACCUUCAAAAUUUAUUGAUGAAUAUUCAACUCAAUCAUUCAUUGAAAUGUUUAAUAAAUAUUCACCAUAUUCAAAAGGCGAUCCUGAAAAAGCAGCUGAACUCUUAAUUAAAUUACCAACAAUUGAAGAAUUACCAAAUAAUUUAUUCAUUGGCUCUGAUUCAUUAUCAGCUGCCAAACAACAAUUACAAUCACAUUUAUUAGAAGCUGAAAAAUGGUCUGACCUUUCAAUUUCAACUGAUUACUAA